AUGUCGAAAUUCAAACCCGCGAUAGCAACUUGCCCCAUCAACUCAUUCGUGAAUGCCUACGCCAUCAUGCAGGGCUUCGAACCUAUCCCUUACAAAGGGGAUAACCUCCCGCUAGCCUCCCUCUGGUAUCCCGCCUCUAGAGACUGCGUCUCGAACGUAAUGGACGCGUUCUAUCUUACUCGCAUUGAUGUUACGGAUCCGGAUAAGAAUCUUUCAAAGGUGAUUGAGCAAUCGCCGGCAAUCAACUGCUCCUUUUGCCUCGUUCACUCGAAUAUCAUUCUUGUAUUCGAUAAGAUGACGAAGGAGCAUGAUAAGCAUGUUGAAACUGUGAGGAGUUAUCUCUAUCGCGUUCAUGGGAUGGGUUCUGUGGUUAAAGUUAUAUGUCGAGGUCAAGCAAAGGCGGAGGAUGAUAGGGCGGGGUUCUAUCUGAAAGCUUCUCAAGCUGGGGAUAUGGUGUUGGUGGUUGAAUGGGACUACUAA